AUCGGCUUAACAUUACGACCCGUGCGAUAGCACGGGUAUAGCUAGUUGUAUAGAAAAUUAAACUGAUAAAGAAAAGCUUCGACCAGUGACCACCACCACUCGCCUCUCACCACCGUCCGCCACCUAUCUCUCUCUCUCUGCUCGACCGCACCACCUUUCUCUCUCUCUCUGCUCAGCCGAAAAGCUCUUUCACCGGAAAAUCCAGUCGCCGCCACUGGCCACCAUCACAUAAGCUUUCUCUAUCUCCUUCUCCCUUUUGUCUCUCACUGUCUCCGACAGACAGCCAUGUUUUUGGCAAGAGCAUUUGGACGAACAUUCUUUGCUGCUGCUGCCAGAUCAAAACAUUAUUCCGCUACAGCUGGUGCUACUAGAAACCCUCUUCAGGAGUUCUUUGAGGGUGAUAGGGACCUUGAUAAUGAGAAACCAGUUGUCUAUGGUCGGAGUUGGAAGGCUUCUGAAUUGCGUCUGAAAUCUUGGGAUGACCUUCAAAAGUUGUGGUACGUGUUGUUAAAGGAAAAGAACAUGUUGAUGACUCAACGUCAAAUGCUUCAUGCUCAGAACUUGCGUUUUCCUAACCCAGAGCGCUUACCGAAGGUGAGAAAGUCAAUGUGCCGCAUCAAGCACGUGCUUACUGAGAGAGCAAUUGAUGAACCAGAUCCUAGGAGGUCUGCGGAGAUGAAGAAAAUGAUAAAUACUCUUUGAUGACUUAACUGAUAUGUUUCCGUUGCAUUGUUGGGUAUGCCCUAAGAAUAGGACAUCUACUUUCAUGGAUGUUAGAAAAUUGCUGACCAAGGCACUGUGUUCAAAUACAUGAUUUAUUUAAGUUUUGCCUGUUUAGAUUUCUAAAUUUGUUUUGUUUGCCCUGAGAGUCAAUCUUAGCUGAAAUAUUUACUGUUCCCAGCCAACAGCAAUAAUGUUUUUACCACGAACAUUACCAUUGUGAUAAAUUGAACCCCAUCUGCAGAAUGUUCACCAGCAUAACAUUAACUUAAA